CGGGGUCGCUGAGGGCCGGGUCGCUGAGGGCUGGACUCGGUGUGUCCGAGCCCACCCCGCCGGUACACCGGGACACAGUUCCUUGGGAUGCUGUGAAAUACCGGAGACGACCGGACGGCCUUUCUGUAAGCGUUUGUGCGUCAGAUUUCCCUUCUUAGUAGGGGACUAAACAGAAACCGAAAUCGGAUCAAAAGCCAGGCUCGGUUUUCAGUGAGAUCCGCACAAAGUACACGAUUCCAAGUUUUUCUUCAGCAGUUCCGUGGCUCAGGAGCAGAAAUAUAAAAAUAGGAGCGGUAGGCAGUGGCAGUGUUGUUGCGGAAGUUUUUCUCUUUGAUUACACCUCUCUGGAGAGCCCCAGCGUUGGUAAUCCAGUGGCUGGUAAGGAGUCACAAGUUUUCUCUCGAAUACAAGCAGCUAAAAUUAACUUUUUUUUUGUAGUUGUUUUUCCCCAAGAGACAUCAGAAUCCAGACAGUUUCUUGCAACAUCAGCCUGCUUUGUUUGGUCUGCACAGUUCAGUCUCUGUUGUUGGGCUUUGUUGCUUUGCCAGGCUUUUGGCUGGCUGUGAUCUGGCAGGGGAGAGCUGAACAGCUGUGGGUUUUAGCAAAUAAAAGGUUAUAAAUUAAUGUAGGUGUUUUCAAGGUGGAUUUCUUGGAAAGGGCAUGAUCCAUGUAGAAAUGAUGCUGCCUGUUUGAGGCAGGAGUAAGGAUGUCUCAGUUCCUAUUGUGUUUGGUUUCAAGACAGAAAAUGAGCAUCUUAGAAAUGAGGUGAGUUGGAGCAGUGUUGUUACUGCUGUGGAAGGUGCCCCUGUGAGCUUUAAGGUCCCUUCUCACCCAAACCAUUCCAUGGUUCCAUUAUCCUGGAACAGGAUCUGUCAGAUAUAAAAAAUAUGGGGUUGACUGCUUUCCAAAGCACUGUUUGUUUGACCUCUCAGAGCCAAGUUAUUUUCAGGGGGAAACUUUUAUCUUCUCAGACUAAUUUAUUAACUUGAAACCUGGCAGUAACUUGUUUGUUCUGCAAGAUUUGCUUUUCACGUAAGGAAAUAAAUCCAUCUGGAUAUUAUCUUAAUGCAAUGUGACUUUUGCAUGUUAAAUACAUUAAUAUCCACCUGUGCUGGAACCUUGAGGCCUGGCUGGGCUCUCUUUAAACCAUGAAUUCACUGAAAUCUUUCUUAGCAUUAUUUUUUUGUUGUGAACAACUGCUUGGAUUUGUUGUUGGUGUCAGUUUCUGCUCGGUAACCUCAGCGACUUUCUCACAGCAAAAAGGAUAUUCCUGCAGUCAAUUUUAUCAUCCACGAAAUCCACUGUAGAAGAAACAUUGAAAUAUGCCCCUACUGCAGCGACUCCAUCCCAAAGUCUGAGAUGAAGAACCACAUUGAGUCUGAGCACGUGCAGGUCACCUGCAAGUGUAGGAUGAAGAUGGAAAACAGCCUCCUGAAGGAUCACGAGGCGUCCUCGUGCCCGCUGCGCCCUGUGCUCUGCCAGUUCUGUGACAUCCAGCUGGCCUUCAACAAGCUCCAGGAGCACGAGCUCUACUGCGGGGCCAGGACCGAGCCCUGCGGGCGCUGCGGCCGCAACGUCCUGGUCAGGGAGCUCAAGGAGCAUCCCCGGCUCUGUGGGACAGAGGAGAAGGUGGACAAGGGCAGCGGGACAGCUCCGGGAUUCGGGAAUGAGGAUGGAGGCGUGAGGAGCCGGCAGGGAGCAGGGGAUGAGCUAGAGAGACCUGAAGUCCUUCAUUCCCAACUUCCUGAGGACUGGGACGGUGACCUGGACUAUGUGUUGGCUCUCAGCCUGCAAAGUGAGAAUAAUCCUCACCAUAAUACUGCAGCUGAUGAUCCCAGGGAUUUCUGGGAAUACGACUACACCAAAGAGCCUGGUCAGUCUGCUCAUGGUGAUGGAACAGACCUGUCCAGCAUCAUCUCCUGUGACUCUCCAGAGUCCUUUGGCAUAUCAAACCACAGCAAAAUAGAUGAGGAGAUGAUCAUGCUGCCCUGCGAGUUCUGCGAGGAGCUGUGUCCUGCUGAAGAUCUGAUCCUUCACCAGACAGGGUGUAACCCAGCAAGUGCCUUUGCCUCGUUCAGUAAGAGAAGUUCUUCUCCAAUUCCAUGGGAGUACGGUGGUCUGCGAGCUGGGAGGUCCAGCAGCCACAGGAGUGUCCCUUCAUCCCAGCCCCAAGCUGUCCAGGCAGAAGGAGACCUCAUGAUUCCAUGUGAAUUCUGUGGCAUCCAACUGGAAGAGGAGAUUCUCUUUCAUCACCAGCACCACUGCGACCUGCGCCCUGCCAGCCCCACAGGUGACGUUCCAGCUCGGGAGCUGCCGGCUCCUCAGCCCCACGGGGACGGAUGGGAAUCGCCGGAGCCGGCUCGGCGGCGGAUCCGGCACCAAGGAGAUGUGGCUCCUUGGCACGCAGAAGGCUUUGGGAAGCUGGGGCUGUGCCCUGCUGCAGGGAGCAGGCUGAGGACGGAGGUGGCCAAGGCCGGGAACGCGGCGUUGUCCCCUCCAGGGAGAGCCGGGGACGCUCCGGCCGCGCGGGGGAAACCCGGGAGGGGGAAUGGCAGCGAGGGGACACCGAAGGACAGAGGUGACUCUGGGACAGCACCCCGGGCAAGACCUGCUCAGCACUUCCAGGCAGAAACCUUCACUUCCAGCUCCUCCAGAGCUGCUCCAGCCCAGCCAAGCUCCGGCGCCGCGGGAGGAAGGAGCCUGGGGCUGGCAGGCGGGAGCAGCGGCCUCCGGCGCCGGAGCUCCAAGGCAAAAGCACAGGGCCCAGCAGCCGGACACCCGGAGGAGUGAGCCCAUGGAAAACAUGGAGCGCCUGUUCCAGGCUCUGCCGGACUCGUCGGUCCAAGCGCAAGCAAAUUCUGACAUUGAGCUUCAGUUUUUAGGCAGUGACCAUUUUCUAAAUCUCUCUCUUUUUAAUCUGUGAGAGCAAAGUUCAGGUUUUUAUGUUUCUGAUGGCCUCAAGCACCACCCCCAAGGCAUCAAAUUGAGUCUCACCUUGGGCCCCACCUGAGUUCUGUGUCCGUGUGGGCUCCUUGUGCUGCUCUGCGAUGGGAUUUGUUUCACCUCGAGCUCUGGGUGUGGCCUGGAAUGUUCUGGCACAGCCGGUGCUCCAGACCUGUCCCUCACACAGCAAGGGUGAGGGUUGGGGCUCCAAGGCUCCUCAGUGCUGCAUUUUCAAGUUAAAAGCUUUUCAAGUUCCUUGGAAUAAAAUUUCUCUGAUGCUGUCCCAAA